ACUUAAUGGAUUCAUUCUUGGAAAAUUCACGUGGGUAUUUUAGUGCUUUUAUGUAAUCCGUAGUUUCUUUAGUAAAAAACAGAUGAAAAACAAAAAGCGCCAAAAAACAUCUUUCCCUCCUUUUUUGUUUUAAAAAUAAUAAUGUCUGACAAAGGAACCAAGGAAGAUGUUAUGGUAUCAAAUGAAAGAACGGAGCAACACAUCCGGGAGUACGUUCAGUUGGCCAUUGAAGAAGAAUCAGAGCGCCGGCUCAAGGCCUUUAAAAGUGAAUCAUGUCAAACUCCUGUUAUCUUUUCCUCUUUAAACUCAUCCGUUACAUCGUCAGGCAAGCACAAAGAUCAGCAAGCGCCAAAUAACGUUUAUGGAGGUCGCCAUGGCAAAUCCAUAAGCACAAUAAUCAAGAAUGAGGCUCUUCGUCUUCGUAGAGGGUAUCACAGUCUUGAUAUAUUUAGUAAAGCAAGUGUUUGCCUUGGAUUAAACUCUAUUCUAGAUAUCGGUGAUUUACCUGCUAAUUUGGAGCAACCACAGUGGGAAAAACUCCAGCAGAUUAACCCUUCUAAAAGAUACAAGGCAGAUGGUUAUGAACAAGUGUUGGAGCCUUUAAGAUGUAUAGAAACUGUAUAUGACAGUGAGAAAACCUUUGAAGAAAACUGGUCAAAUCUGUACAAGGAACUCAAACAACUAGAGAUAAAAUAUAGCUCAGAUAGUUACAGUGAUAUUAAUUUCUGUAUUCGCUUGCUAUUUUAUAUCUUGACAAUCAUCAAACAACAGCCUCAUCUUUUCAAAGAAGAAAUAAACUGUUCUGGAUGGGACCAUGUAGUCAAGUUCUGGGGCAUCGCUUUGGAACGUUUGUUUAGAGACACGGAGCUCGGUUUAACAUGGAAUGAUACUCACUUGACCAUAUCAGAUAUAUUUUCAAAAGAAACGGACCUUGAACAAAGAAAAGAAAAUCCGUUUAAUUAUCUUAGUUCCUUUGAAUUUGGUGAAGAAGAUCCUGUAAUAGCAAGAUUUGUUGGUGACGAAUGCAAAGUAUUAUUGAAGAGCAAAGCUGCUAUUAACAAUUUUAUAAAUAACGGCUCUUUAAUUGAUUCUGUGGAUUCACUCCAAUUUAGCGGUCUUAAUCUUUACAUUAUGAAUACCACUCUUUCUAAACCAGGUCUAUAUGUUGUUACCGCAUUACACAGUACGUGUAUUAAGGAGUCACUUUCCAAUUUCGGUGCACACAUCACUCUGGCUUCUCACUUGCUUUGUUUUCGCGAUAGAUGUGUUACAAUUUAUAAACAAUAUUACGACCAUCUGAAAAGCGACCGUUCUGCUAAUGUCCCUGCCAAGAGAGUCAUUCACGAUUCAACAAAAGAUGAUCUUGUCUACAAACAAAAUUUGAUUCGUGGAAACUGGUAUCCACCUCUUACUUCUAAUACUCCACCUCCACCUCCACCUGAAAAUCUAUUUGACAACCCUUACUAAAAUUUUGAUUAAUAAAG